CAAAUUGGCUCACCAGGACCGUCGGAUUUCCCCCCACGUCACCUAUCCGCGUCAACCCGCGUUUCAGCGGCUCAGAUCGCUGGUUGCAGAGCUACUGCUUGAGCGAACCAAGCAGCUCCUCUCUCGUCCCUCUCUCCCUCUAUCUCACUCCCUCUUCCAAAUCCAAUCCCAAUUCGUUUUCUCGAGAAUACAAAGAGCAUAUUUUCUCUGGAAAUUUGUGUGAGCUUUGAGAAGAUGAAGGCUAUGGAGGAAGUUGUGGAGGAAAACGAAGUUAAGCCUUUGACUGCCGAGCAAUUGGAGCUGUACGAGUCGCAAUCCGAGUCCGAGUCCGAGUCCGACGACAGCGUAGGCGAGGAGGAGGAGGACGCCGAUGAGGAUGACGACGACGACGACGACGCGGAUGAGGACGAAGAGGACGACGAUGAGGACGAAGAGGACGACGACGACGAUGUUCAGGAGGUCGUACAGUCGUCUGGUGGCCCUCCGGUUCACGCGGUGGACGACGAAGACGACGAUGACGAGGACGAGGACGACGAAGGCGGUGACGACGAUGACGAUGGCGAGGGAGACGACGACGACGACGACGACGAUGACGAGCCUGAGGAAGAGGAUGAGCUAGGAACUGAGUACCUCGUCCGCCCAGUAGGUCGUGCUGAGGAUGAGGAAGAUGCGAGCGAUUUUGAGCCCGAAGAGAAUGGAGUUGAUGAAGAUGAAGAGCAGGGCGAUGAUGCUGGUGGGAAGGUGGAGGCUCCCCCAAAGAGAAAGAGAUCGGACAAAGAUGACUCAGAUGACGACGAUGGUGAUGGAGGAGAGGACGAUGAGAGACCCUCCAAACGAUAGGGGUUAGAGGACGGACCAUUAACAAAAUGGGUCAGUCUCUCGCUCUCACUCACGCUUAAACUCAUCGUCACGCUUGUAGAAAGAAGGAUAGGAUGAAUUCGGAAUUCUGUGGUGCCGUUUAUGUUGGUGUAGUAGUAUGAUGGUGGAGUAAAUUUCGUAGGUUUACAAGAAGCUUUUCAUAUUUGGUUAAUGCUCAGUUGAUGUGAGUCGGUCAAUUUGAAAGGGGUUGGUUUUAGAGAAGUUAAUGUAAGUUUAAGUUUAAGAAACUUGAUUAAGCUUGAUAGUCUUCUUAAUAUUUUCUUGUGUUUUUUUAUCUGGUAGGGUUGGUUGCAGGUUUAUUAGGUAGGACCCUUUUGAACUCUUGAACUUUUGGUUGGUUGAGACUUGGAACUUGAAAGGUUGGUAGAUCUCAAUGUCUAAUCCGAUGAUGGUUGAUUCUAUUUCUACAUGUAAUGGUGGACCGUCAUUUUUAGCUUGUGAAUGAAUAAACUAUCAUCAAUUUAUAUGAA